GAGAUGAUGGAAUCUACAGUGGCGUUGUUCCUCUUUUUCGAAAUUGGAUUAGGACUUUUAUUGCAUACUUCCUCAUGCGUAAUGAUUAUAGUUCGAACCGGAUCGUCUGAAAUUAUGCGAUACGUGGCUCUUGGUAUAAUGCAAAGUUGUCGAUUAUUUUUCAACAAUUGGGCCGGGCAAGAAGUGACCGAUCAUAGCGUUCAAGUUUCAAUAGCAGCCUAUAACGGAAUGUGGUACAAUGCGUCCAUAAAGGUGCAAAAGUUAUUGUUGUUUCUAAUCGCGCGGGGCCAGAAAGCCUCCCAAGUAACAAUCGCCAAGUUAUAUGUCAUCAAUCUGAACAAUUUCAGUAAGGUAAUGAAAACAUCAGUUUCCUAUUGCACGGUAAUGAUCUCGUUGCGCGAAUCGUCAAGAGAUAUAUAA